AGGUUUAUUGUGUAUGCGUGUGUAUGUGUACAUAAAAUGUGACGUCAUCACCACCAAUUGGUUCAGAAUCGUGUUAGGACACGAAAGCAUAGAUUCUGCUGGUAUACUCUGUUUACUCGCGCGCGUAUACGCGGCAGGUGCGUGCAUCACGACCUGAUCCACUCUAGACCAGCCCGUAUCUGUGAAUGGCGCACUCUGGAUCACAAAGGGUUUGUUCCUCAUUUGUGUUUGGGAAGUUAUCUAAGCUCAUCUGCAAAUAAUUGUUUCUUUGCUAGAAAGUUGAUAGUGUUUUUCGACGAAGUGUGGAUUUGUUUAAUGUGAAAACCGCGGGCUUUGUCGAGUUUCCCCGCUCUGUGUGCUGGCGUUGUGAAAGUAAACAGUUAUUGCCCCCAAAAUGCCUUCCAGCAUUGGUGUGAAUUUGCGUGUGACAGGACACUGCAGUCAAGGUUCUAGAAAAUACAUGGAAGACAUGUUUUCAGUUGCUUACCAACGAACAGAGGAUGAAAAAGAUCUUGAAUAUGCUUUCUUCGGAAUAUUCGACGGUCAUGGAGGGUCACAAGCUGCAACUUUCGCCAAGGAGCAUCUUCUUGACAACAUUGUGAAUCAAAAGUGCUUUUGGUCUGAUAAAGAUGCGGAAGUUUUAAGGGCAAUACGGGAAGGGUUUUUGCAAACGCAUCUGGCCAUGUGGCGUCAGUUAGAUCGCUGGCCAAAAACGCCUGUUGGUUUUCCGAGCACAUCUGGUACAACUGCAAGUAUUGCUUUUAUCCGCCGAGGGAAGAUUUAUAUUGGUCAUGUAGGAGAUUCAGCAAUAGUAUUAGGUUCACAAGAAGAUGAUAAAUCAUGGAAAGGCAUACCAUUAACUCGUGAGCACAAACCUGAAAGUGAAGAAGAAUCCCAACGAAUUGAACAAGCUGGUGGAAAGGUGGCCAAAAAAUCUGGUGUAUCACGUGUUGUGUGGAAUAGACCUCGUCUUGGGCAUCAAGGGCCAGUCAGGAGAUCAACACACAUUGAUGAAAUCCCUUUCCUAGCUGUGGCAAGAUCUCUUGGUGAUCUGUGGAGUUACAAUCCUGCCCUAGAUGUUUUCGUGGUUUCGCCAGAACCAGAGGUUUCUGUACAUACCAUAGACGUGAGUUGUCAUCGGUGCUUGAUUUUUGGUACUGACGGGUUAUGGAAUGUAAUGAGCCCUUCUGCUGCUGUUCUGGUAGUCCAGACUGCUGAGUCACGCAAUGAGCAACAUCUUCUGCAGCAAGGAAGUGACACAGGCAGUGAAGAUAUUGCAAAUGGAAAUAAUAAUUGGGCAUGGGUGAACCCAUCCAAGAGUUUGGUGGACCGUGCAUUAGGAGUAUGGCGAGUUAUGGGGCUGCAAGCUGACAACACGAGUGUGGUGACCCUCAUGUUGGACCCUCCAGGACCCCCUCGCGUUCAGGUCCUGUUGAGUCAGCGCCAGCAGCAGCAAGAAAUCCUUGAGCAUUCUAGUGUUUCAAGUUUGUUUGCUACUAAGUGUGCAGUGGAUAAAACGAUGCCCAGAUUGAGAACUCUAUCCGAGUCUCCAGCUGGAGCAACACCUUCAGGAGGUGUAACUAUAUACACAAGGGAUUGCGAUUCCGACAGCAGGUCUGGCAAUCCGAGUCCUUCUCCAGCCAGUCCCAUGACGUCUUCAUCUCCUCCUGUGGCACUGAUGUGUCUCCAGGUGAAUUCAGCAGCAGCAGCAGUGACCACUUCCCCGUCUUCAAUAAAAAAUGUCAGUUCCCCUGGCUGUGGAGAUAAAUUGUGCUCGUCUCCAAUCUCAGGAUUUGAUUAUGUUUCAAAGCCAUCAGGAUUCAAACGAAGACACAGUAGUGGGAUAACACAGCCAGUUAUAUCAGCAAUUGAAAAAAGAAAGCGAACUCGUUCAGAACAGGACUGCCUGUCAAAAGAUCGUAUUAAAGAUGAAGACCUUGCCGCGAGUGAUGUGGAAAACGAUAGAGUAACGUGGCCACCGUGGAAUGCAGCACAGACACCUUCCUGCAAUAAAUUAUUACAACACAAUGCUACUAAUAAAUAUUCUGGCCCCAGGUGUGGAAAAUCAGUGCUUCCGUUGGUUCCUGCAUCUGGGGAAAAUUCUAACUCGAGGUGUCCACAUACACUGCGCUCAGAUUCUUCUGCUUCUCCAUCUAGGUGGACAUUAAGGUCGCGAAAUGACCCUGCAGACAGACCGGCUAAGGCUGAGAGAGAGACAAAAAUAUCAGAACGUUUGAUACUUCCAGAGUCCGGUAGGUUAUCACCUGUGCAUCGUCAGCAUAGGAGGACGAGUUGGUCGCACACAUCUCAGCCUUCGUCUAUGUGUACACGUUCGAAAGGGCGCCAACAUUCUUCUCAAAAUAAGUGAUACCAUUCUCCAAAGAUACUGUUGUAAAUUGUAUAUUAUGAUUGUUGUUAUUAUUAUUAUUAUUAUUAUUAUUAUUAUCAUUAUUUUUAAUUCUCUUCUUUUUCUUUCUUUUCUUCUCUCUGAAAUUGUUUUGUAUAAAAUUUGUAUUGAAACAUUUGAUCAGGUAUAAGGAGGUAUAUGAUACAAUUUUUGUUGGGUGUGUUCUUUUUAUUUUUAGUGCACCAAAGUUAGUUGGUUUUGUAUCAGCUAUUGAAGAAAUAAUGUUAAAAGAUAUUUUCAUAAUAUGAAAAUGUUUUGAAAGGUAAUAUUUUUAUAUAAAUGUACACAUAUGUUGGAAACCUAGUCAGGCUUACUGUCAAUAUGUUGUACAAUAUAUUCUAUACUGGAGGAAAGUGUAAAAUACAUAAAAUAUAAUUAUAUAUUAAUGUUUAGAAAUUUGCUUGAAAAUGUUUUUUCGUUUGUGAAUAUCUUUAACACUUUUAUUUUCUAGUGAGCAAGAUAUUUUCUUGUGGUUUGCAAAUCAACCUAAGUAUGUUUCACCAUAUGCAUGAGCCAUAUACAGAUUUUCUUCGGCAAAUAUUUUCAGUAGAACUGCAUGAAUAUUGUUUUGGAUUUGCUACAUUACAUUUUGGACAAUAUUACUUAUGAAUUGUAAUCAGAUGCCCUUAGAUUGCCAGAAUAGUGCCCCUAAAUGGUCCUUUUUUUAUGCACUUGACCCUUAAAUCAAACAAGUCCA